AUGAUUCAUAAAUUAAUUAUACUUCGUCAUGGUGAAUCACAAUGGAAUCAUGAAAAUAAAUUCUGUGGUUGGAUAGAUAUUCCAUUAACUAAAAAAGGAAUUCAUGAAGCAACAUAUGCUGGAGAAUUAAUAUCAAAAGCUAAUUUAUCACCAGAUAUUUUAUAUACUUCAAAAUUAAUGAGGUCAAUUGAAACUGGACAAAUUAUCUUAGACGUUUUACAUAAAUCAUGGUUAGAUCAUAUUAAAACAUGGAGACUAAAUGAAAGACAUUAUGGAUUAUAUCAAGGUAGAGAUAAACAUGAAGUAUAUUUAGAAUUAGGACAAGAUAAAGAAAAAUUUCAAUAUAUUAGAAGAAAUUAUAAUGGCGUACCUCCUUUAAUAGAUAGUCUGAAAGAUAGUUCCAUAGAUGAAAGAUAUAACAAUAUUUUAAAUAAAAAUAUUUUACCAAAUGGAGAAUCAUUAAAAAUGGUAAUGGAUAGAUUAAUACCAUUUUUUAAAUAUGAAAUAUUAGAUAAACAAAUGAUACAAUUAAAUAAAACUGUAUUAAUUGUAACUCAUGGAUCAAUAGUUCGAAGUUUAAUUAAAUAUUUAAAUAAUAUAAGUGAUGAAGAUAUAUCAAAAAUUAAUGUUCCCACUGGGAUACCAUUAGUAUUUGAAUUAAAUGAUAAAGGAGAAUUAGUUAAACCAAGUUAUUAUUUAGAUAAAGAAAAAGCAGAAUUGGGAAUUGAAAAAGUUAAAAAUGAAGGUUUAAAAAAGAAGGAAAGUGAAAAAUUAUAG